UAUGUCCAGCUCAAAGCAAGCCAGCACAGCUCAAAGCCUCGUAUAGAAGAGCUAGCUUGAGGCGAUUGUAGCUACUAAUUGAGCUCGCUAGCAUUAGCACUAAGCUUGAUGGAGCAGGUGACCAAGCUAGCGGGGCAGCGGGCGGUGGUGAUCUUCGGCAUGAGCUCCUGCUGCAUGUGCCACACGGUGACGAGCCUCCUCCGCGAUCUCGGGGCGAACCCGACGGUGGUGGAACUGGACGAGGACCCUAGGGGGAAGGAGAUGGAGAAGGCGCUGGUGCGGCUCCUCGGCCGCAACCCUGCUGUGCCCGCCGUAUUCAUCGGCGGCAGGCUCGUCGGAUGCACCGACAAGGUCAUGUCCCUUCAUCUCGGCGGCAAGCUCGUCCCGCUGCUUCGUAAUGCAGGUGCUGUCUGGGUGUAGUGCAUGGGAGGGCUUUGUACAUAUUCGGCCGCAUGCAGCUGACAUGGGACAAUAACAAUAUAUACACGUACACGUAUGCUACGUGUUCUGUCAUCUUGUAUCAGGUGAUGACGAAGACUAAGGCAAACGCAGUCAUUUUCUUUUCACUGCAUAGGGAACGUGUCCUGUCAUCUUGUAUACACGUAACACGUACGCUACGUAUUGUUAGAGAAUGUAGUAACUAGUUUCCGGUCCUACAGACAACAAAGACAUGUAAAAUAACAUGCAAAGUUUCUGAAAUAGCAAGGACACAAGAAUACUGAAACUUGAGGUUCAGUCG